AAAAAAAAUUAAAAGAAGAAAAUGGAUGCUUAGAUACAUAAGAACUAAAACCCUACCAUGUGCAGCUGCUGUGCUAGGCAAAAUGUAAACUAGUUUAAGAUAGCUGCUGACCUCAAAGAGGUCUAAUGGAAAAGAGACAGUUACCUAAGCAAUUAAAAAAAAAAAGAAAGAAAAUGAAUAGUUGAAUAGUGAGGAAAUUCAGUGUUAGUGAUUGUGAAUUUACAUGGUAAUAUUUGGGAGGGCUGUGAAAGGAAGGUUGCAAGGAGAACAUGGUAAUGACUGUAACCUAAAAGAUGAACAAGGAUUAUCCAGUGAAAGGGCAAAGGGAAAGAGAGUAGGUAUGAGGGGUUUCUGAACAGUACUAAUUUCUACAAAGUUAUCUUAAUUGUUCUUUUACAUGAGAACAGCACUUCAUAUUCACAUAAUUGACUUACUUGAAGGAACUUCACGUUAGAAUCUCAAUUCCAAACAUUGUGUAAGUUUGGAAAAAUUCUUCUUGAAGAGAUGUACCAAAGAAUUUCAUUCAUUUUUAUCCCAAAUGGAAAGAUGUGGAAGUUGAUGUGAGAAAUGGAAACAGAAAUAAUUGGCAUAUGGAAUUCCCUAAGUAGAGGGGAUGGGCUGUGUGCCCAGAGAGGAAAAAGAGAUCUCAGCCAUGGCAAGGAAUGAGGAGCUUGAAUGAUGUGAAGGGCUGUGCAUGAAUCAUUCUGAGAUAUGAAUAGAACCUUCUGCCUUUGGGACUUUCUCAAUGGGAAGCAGUGUGUGUGUUCAGGAUGGGGGUUGCAGAAGAAACAGGAUCUGGAGAGCCAUUUCAGCAUUUCUGUGGAGCAAGCAAUUGCCAUGCCUCCUAGAAGAAAACAUAGGGGUAAAAAAGAGGGAAAAGGAAAACUCUAGUAUCAUUCAUGCUGUGUGAUUUUCAAAAGCUAAGCAUGUGAGAAUGAAGCUGAUGUCGGGUUGGCUAGGGGAAAGAUAAAGUGGUUGGUCCUGUGGAUCUUUCUUUUGAAAUGUGCUGAGACAGUUCCCUAGAAAUAGGAGGGAUGGAGUAGAUGGUUUGUUUCCUAACAACCUUUGAUUUGAUGACAUUCAAGGUUGAAUGCUUAAGAUGCCCUGAAAAAGUGAAAUUUGGCAAACCAUGAACUUUAAAAUUUCUUGUAGAAAUACAGCCUGUGUCACGCUGUGCUGUGCAGAGAGGGAAGCCAUUCGUUUUUGGAGUUAAAAAUUGGCUGUGUAUGCCUCAGUAACUGGAUCCCUUGAUAGCACUGAAUGGCUUCUGAAACUCUGUGUGUGUGUGUGUGUGUGUGUGUGUGUGUAGUCUAGUUAAGUAUUCGUGUCAGUUGUAUAAAUCAUCUUUGUUAGAGACAAAAAAAGGAAGUUAUAUCCAACUUUCCAACCUGAAAACAAAGUAGGAAAAUAAUAGGAAAUGUUUUAAGUUUUUAGUUAUUUGGCUGAUCAUGGAAUAGAUCUGUUUAAUUUUCAAGAAACUUGUCAAAUUCAUAUGUAACGUAUGAAGGCCUUUAGAAAGAUUCAGUGUCUAGAUAUGCCUAUUAAAGUAAGCAUCUCAUUUAUAUUUUCUUGUUCUCAAUCGCUCAUCUUUGCCCUUAAGUUUGCCAGGUCUGCAGCAGGGUAAACAGAGGAACAAACAUAAGCCUCCCCUGGAAUUGGGGUGGGGGCAGGAACUUUGCCUUCAUUAAGGAAACUUGAACGAAGAUUGGGGCAAUUCUGUUCAUCCGUCAUAGGGCAUCAAACAGCUUUGCAUGUUUCACCCUCAAAUGGACUUGUUCACCAGAAAUGUGUUAGCCAUAAUUUCAUGACAACACAUAGUUUGUUAUGAAUAACAAAUUCUGCAGGAAAGUCUGUUUAUUUAUCCCCUGAGAAACAGAGGGGACUAAAAACAAAAUGGUUUUUGUAAUUUGUACCUACAGGUAAUCCCUUGAGCUGAAAUAAUUAAGGUUUCACUGAAGCACCGCAAAUCAAUUAGAUGUCUUUGGGGAAAUUGAAACAAUAUAAAAAAUUUUAAAGUCAAUGUAUUCAAUCUUCCUUUAUGAGCAAGGUCUCUAGGCCUCAGUCUCAUAAUAAUAAUCAUGAACUUCAUUCGGAUAUUGACUCUGGUGAUGGGAACAUUAAAUACAUUCUCUCAGGUGAAGGAGCUGGAACCAUUUUUGUGAUUGAUGACAAAUCAGGGAACAUUCAUGCCACCAAGAAGUUGGAUCGAGAAGAGAGAGCCCAGUACACAUUGAUGGCUCAGGCGGUGGACAGGGACACCAACCGGCCACUGGAACCACCGUCAGAAUUCAUUGUCAAGGUCCAGGACAUUAACGACAACCCUCCGGAGUUCCUGCACGAGACCUAUCAUGCCAACGUGCCUGAGAGGUCCAAUGUGGGAACGUCAGUAAUCCAGGUGACAGCUUCAGAUGCAGAUGACCCCACCUACGGAAAUAGCGCCAAGUUAGUGUAUAGUAUCCUCGAAGGACAACCCUAUUUUUCUGUGGAAGCACAGACAGGUAUCAUCAGAACAGCCCUACCCAACAUGGACAGGGAGGCCAAGGAGGAGUACCACGUGGUGAUACAGGCCAAGGACAUGGGUGGACACAUGGGCGGACUCUCAGGGACAACCAAAGUGACGAUCACACUGACCGAUGUCAAUGACAACCCACCAAAGUUUCCACAGAGUGUAUACCAGAUGUCUGUGUCAGAAGCAAGUGUCCCCGGGGAGGAGGUGGGAAGAGUGAAAGCUAAAGACCCAGACAUUGGAGAGAAUGGCUUAGUCACAUACAGUAUUGUUGAUGGAGAUGGUAUGGAAUUGUUUGAAAUCACAACGGACUAUGAAACACAGGAGGGCGUGAUAAAGCUGAAAAAGCCUGUAGAUUUUGAAACCAAAAGAGCCUAUAGCUUGAAGGUAGAGGCAGCCAAUAUGCACAUCGACCAGAAGUUUAUCAGCAAUGGGCCUUUCAAGGACACCGUGACCGUCAAGAUUGCAGUGGAAGAUGCUGACGAGCCCCCUAUGUUCUUGGCCCCAAGUUACAUCCACGAAGUCCAAGAAAAUGCAGCUGCUGGGACCGUGGUUGGGAGAGUGCAUGCCAAAGACCCUGAUGCUGCCAACAGUCAGAUAAGGUAUUCCAUCGAUCGUCACACUGACCUCGACAGAUUUUUCACUAUUAAUCCAGAGGAUGGUUUUAUUAAAACUACAAAACCUCUGGAUAGAGAGGAAACAGCCUGGCUCAACAUCACUGUCUUUGCAGCAGAAAUCCACAAUCGGCAUCAGGAAGCCAAAGUCCCGGUGGCCAUUAGGGUCCUUGAUGUCAACGAUAAUGCUCCCAAGUUUGCUGCCCCUUAUGAAGGUUUCAUCUGUGAGAGUGAUCAGACCAAGCCGCUUUCCAACCAGCCAAUUGUUACAAUUAGUGCAGAUGACAAGGAUGACACGGCCAAUGGACCAAGAUUUAUCUUCAGCCUACCCCCUGAAAUCAUUCACAAUCCAAAUUUCACAGUCAGAGACAACCGAGAUAACACAGCAGGUGUGUACGCCAGGCGUGGAGGCUUCAGUCGGCAGAAGCAGGACUUGUACCUCCUGCCCAUAGUCAUCAGCGAUGGUGGCAUCCCGCCCAUGAGUAGCACCAACACCCUCACCAUCAAAGUCUGCGGGUGCGACGUGAACGGGGCACUGCUCUCCUGCAAUGCAGAGGCCUACAUCCUGAACGCCGGCCUGAGCACGGGCGCGCUGAUCGCCAUCCUCGCCUGCAUCGUCAUUCUCCUGGUCAUCGUAGUAUUGUUCGUGACCCUGAGAAGGCAAAAGAAAGAACCACUCAUUGUCUUUGAGGAAGAAGAUGUCCGUGAGAACAUCAUUACUUACGAUGAUGAAGGGGGUGGAGAAGAAGACACAGAAGCCUUUGAUAUUGCCACUCUCCAGAAUCCUGAUGGUAUCAAUGGAUUUAUCCCCCGCAAAGACAUCAAACCUGAGUAUCAGUACAUGCCUAGACCUGGGCUCCGGCCAGCACCCAGCAGCGUGGAUGUCGAUGACUUCAUCAACACAAGAAUACAAGAGGCAGACAAUGACCCCACGGCCCCUCCUUAUGACUCUAUUCAAAUCUAUGGUUAUGAAGGCAGGGGCUCAGUGGCCGGGUCCCUGAGCUCCCUAGAGUCAGCCACCACAGAUUCAGACUUGGACUAUGAUUAUCUACAAAACUGGGGACCUCGUUUUAAGAAACUAGCAGACUUAUAUGGUUCCAAAGACACUUUUGAUGACGAUUCUUAACAAUAACGAUACAAAUUUGGCCUUAAGAACUGUGUCUGGCGUUCUCAAGAAUCUAGAAGAUGUGUAAACAGGUAUUUUUUUAAAACAAGGAAAGGCUCAUUUAAAACAGGCAAAGUUUUACAGAGAGGACACAUUUAAUAAAACUGCGAGGACAACAAAGUGGUAAAUACUGUGAAAUACCUUUUCUCACAAAAAGGCAAAUAUUGAAGUUGUUUAUCAACUUCACUAGGAAAAAAAAACACUUGGCAUACAAAAUAUUUAAGUGAAGGAGAAGUCUAAUGGUGAACUGACAAUGAAGGGAAAUUGUUUAUGUGUUAUGAACAUCUAAGUCUUUCUUCUUUUUUAAGUUGUCAAAGAAGCUUCCACAAAAUUAGAAAGGACAACAGUUCUGAGCUGUAAUUUCGCCUUAAACUCUGGACACUCUAUAUGUAGUGCAUUUUUAAACUUGAAAUAUAUAAUAUUCAGCCAGCUUAAACCCAUACAAUGUAUGUACAAUACAAUGUACAAUUAUGUCUCUUGAGCAUCAAUCUUGUUACUGCUGAUUCUUGUAAAUCUUUUUGCUUCUACUUUCAUCUUAAACUAAUACGUGCCAGAUAUAACUGUCUUGUUUCAGUGAGAGACGCCCUAUUUCUAUGUCAUUUUUAAUGUAUCUAUUUGUACAAUUUUAAAGUUCUUAUUUUAGUAUACAUACAAAUAUCAGUAUUCUGACAUUUAAGAAAAUGUUACGGCAUCACACUUAUAUUUUAUGAACAUUGUACUGUUGCUUUAAUAUGAGCUUCAAUAUAAGAAGCAAACUUUGAAAUAAAAAAAGAUUCUUUUUUAAUUCUGGGUUUGAUUCUUAACAUUGAAAAAAAACGUUAAGUAUUUCUAAUGAUCCAUUUAUAUUUCUAAUUUAAUUGUGAUCUUUUAAUAACCCUAUUUAUGAUCUGUUGUAGUCUGUCUGCUGCUUUUAUUGUUUAUUUAAAAUCAAGUAUGUUUUACAAAUGUUUUUUCAGACAAGAUUCUGUAACAUCAUGUAAAGCUUUUUUGUACAUUCUUGGUGUUAACCUCCUGGCUUCUCUUCGCACACAUCUUCUGAAAAGAAGGAUGUGAAAGAACUAGUUCAGUCUAUGACUUUGCAAUAUGUCUUAUAUAAUAUGCAUUUAUCUUGUAUAUCAAUAAUUUGAUGGCUAUGAGAGAUGAAUCCAUGAGGGAAUGGAGCAAUCAGAACUCUAAUGUUCCAGGUAUACAUUCUGUGCCCCACACUGAGCACUGGGGGCCUGGGGGACUAGAGUCAAAAUAUGAAUUUUCCCCAGACUCAAAUGUUAUUCUAUUUUUUCUUUUGUUGAACUUACCAGGCUAUUGUAAGACUCUGACAGUUGAAACUGGGUAUUUUUCUCACUGUAAUUUAAACUAAUUGUAAAAUGAUGUGGCAGUUUCAGUUUUAAUAAGAGAAAGGGCGAUUCAUUUCAAAAUUCAUUCAUUUGUUUAGAAUAUGCUUAGAUCCGUAAGCUCAGAAUGAAGGCAGGGACCAUGUGAGAUUCUGAGAGUCAAUGCCUUUUGGUCCGGGAGUUUGUCUUUAGUACCCUGCCUCCCAGCUAGUUUCUAGUUUCUUGAAGGAUUGAAACUUACCUGAAGGGCAUUUCACCUGUUCAGUUGGGCCAAAGGUCAAAACGUAGCAAUACUUGGGGAAAGACCACACAAAGUCACACUGCAAGUACUUUCCCUCUUUCCCCCUAAACACAGGGCACAUGCUUUUUCUUGGAUUGCAGACAAUUUUUUUACAGUUUUUUUUUUUUUUUUCUGACUUUAUUGUGAAAGUUUGUUUGAAGCAUUUCUUGAUACCAUGUUAUGUACUAUUUUUAUGAUUUAGUCAGCAUGCAUACAAAGAAAUGUUUUUUAUGAAGUGCUCACUUCCGUUUUAUCUUGCAUUUAAAUCAAAUUGGGCUGAACACUUCAAUGGAAUAAAUUCUGUGGACCAUGUCACUUUAGAAACUUUCAUCUCAGUGAAGGAUUACGCAUUCUCAAUACUUCCAUAAUUGCAGGUUGUGUUCAUUUUUUUAUAUAGUUUUUGUAAUCCAAAGAAUAUUUUGCUAGAUUUGCACAGAUCUCCAAUUGAAUUUACAAUGAAGAAAUAACUCAAAAGGAAUAUGAAUAGCAUUUAAAUAAGUAUACAGCUGUAAGUAACCCUGUCACCAUGGAUGAUCCUUUUCUCUAGGAAUGUGUUUGGAUUAGAGAUGACAACUACAUUUUCGCAUUUUUAUGUUGAAGUCUUUUUUAAAAAGGCUGUUUACCUUUCAGUAGUUAAGAAUACUUGUUUUUCUUUUUCUUUUUACCUUUUAUUUUUUCUUUAAGCCUCUAUUGUUUGUAGAACACUCUUAGAAACUUGGAAAUAAAAUGUCUUUCCCAA